AUGACUGUUUCAUACAAUUUAAAUUUAUCAACAUCAAAACCAUGGGCACAAUUUCGUUUAUUGCUUCGAUGGAGAGGAAGUAUUUGGAAGCUCGUACUUACUGAGUGCCUUAUAUUCUAUUUUACUUAUACGAUCAUCAAUAUUUUUUGUACAUUCGUAUUAGCACCUCACACUAAAGAACGACUGAUCGAAUUUAUAAAAUGGUUAAAUCCAUCGAAUAAAUAUUCAUUCUUCAUCCCAUUAGAAUUUAUGUUAGGCUUUUUCGUCACAGCUAUACUUCAGCGAUGGUCAACUGCGUUGAACAAUCUGGCGUUCAUUGACCGUAUAGCUGUAGCGAUUGCCGGUUAUAUUCACGGUACAUCAGAAAAAUGUAGAAUUAUCCGUCGAAAUAUUAUUCGCUAUAUGUGUUUAUGCGAGGUACUCGUUUUUCGAGAUAUAAGUCUGCCUGUACGAAAAAGAUUUCCAACCAUUGAUACAAUCGUAGCCGCAGGUUUUAUGCUACCCCAUGAGAAAGAAAUUUUCGACUCGUUUGAAACCACCUACCCAAAAUAUUGGGUACCACUACAAUGGGCAAAUUUACUUGUUUACAAGGCAAGAACAGAAAAUUUAAUAAUUAGUGAUAUUUUCUGUGAACAAAUCUUUGAGGAAAUUAGGAGUUUUCGAGCAAAUCUUGGAGAAGUACUUAAAGUGGAUUGGGUGCCAUUACCGUUGGCUUAUCCACAACUGAUCUAUUUAGCUGUACAUGUACAUUUUAUAUUAAGUUUGAUAUCCAAACAGGAGCUAGAUGCGGAAUGGUGGUUCCCGAAAUGGAUACCUCUGAUAACUCUGGUUCAAUUUUUUUUUUAUAUGGCUUGGACAAAAGUAGCAAUGGUUUUGAUAAAUCCAUUUGGUGAAGAUGACGAUGAUUUUGAAACAAAUUUUUUAAUUGACAGGAACAUCAAAAUUGGAAUUUUAAUAGUAGAUGAAGGUUAUGGAGUUGUACCUGAACAAAAACGCGAUAUUUUCUGGGGCAAUAGGGUCGAUCCAUUAUACAGCGAAGAAUCUGCCAAAACAACUGCUAAUCAAGCAAAUACUCUAGUCGGAUCCGCAACGGGUUUAACUUUGCCAGAAAAUGUAAGCAAAAUACUUAUGAUGCCUUUGAACAAUAAUGAUGAUGACGAUGAAUUAAUGGAAGCGAAUAAAUUUACGAAACGUUAUAGUAUUGUACAAAUUCCACGGUCAGUAAUCAGUAAAUUACUUAUUGUCUAA